UCUUCUCGAACCUUCUAAGCCGUUGCAGAAAGAUCGGGAAGCCGCCGCAAUCGAGUCUUCAUAAUCGACGAUCUCUCGUCUUCCUGGCCGAGUCGCUGCUUGUCCUCGGUGCUUCUUUCUCGAUUCCCUAAUUCGCAGAAGAAACCGGCGAUGUUUGGCGUGGUCUUCCCGGAGCGGAGCUUCCCCAUGGACGCAUCGGCGUUCGCGCAGAUCGACCCGCUCCACUGGAUCCUUGACAUGAACUCCCUCGUCGGCGAUGCCUACCGCGACGUCAGAGAACUCUGUGUGUUUCUCCUCCCGGCUGCGGCUUCCUCCUUCCCACCCGGCAAGGCCCUCGCCGUCUACUUCCAACCCCCUGGUCAUCCCUUCCUCUUUUGUGGCGCCGUCCACCCUGCCCGCCCAUCCGCUCUCCUCUCCCUCCCCUGGCCUGACCCUUCCGAAGAACCCCCCAUUCCUGACCCUAACCCUAAUCCCCUCCAGCUCGCGCUCACCUCCGCCAAGAUCGGCGUCUCGGUCGAGGACCUCGCCUCCUUGCCACCCGUCGCUGACGCCGGCGCGGAGAAGAAGGCCGAGCGACUCGCUCUUAGGGUUGGCGAGAACCUCUUCAAUUUCAUGCAGUCCUUCUGCGGGAUUGACGGAAGCCGGCUCGUCGUGCCCAUGGAUAUCCUUGACCGGUGGUUCAAGAAGUUCCAGGAGCGAGCCCGGAAGGAUCCCAGUUACCUCAAAGAUUUCGCCUUGUGAUAGACAGGUGAAUGCCCAAUCCCAAAGUUGCUGUUUAUUUAAUGAAUAGAGAGGACCUUGUGGAUUUUGAACAUAGUAUGCACCUGAUGGAUUUGACGCGAUAAAGGUGUCAUGCCAAAACACUACAACCUCCGGAAUUGGCAAAUGGCAUCUUCGUUAAUAAGGGGACACCAGUCGUUGAGACGAAGGCUAUGUUUUUGUUCCCUAUUCCGACGAAAUCUUCUUCUUGGGAAGAUGAAUUGCACUCGGAAACAUCUGUUCAGCUACAAUGUUUCAUAGGUUCUGUAAUUUCUUGCUGUUCUUCAAUGAAUGUAUCCUAGAUCUCUUUCGUUCUUUUCAUAAAUGCACUACUAAACUCCUCCAAAAGUGGUUCGUAGGUACUUGUCAUUUGUUUAUUUUAGUGACACUGGUACGAGAACGUUUUAAUGAUGAAAGCAUGCCAUGGAACACAUUAUGUGUUGGCUUUGGUCAAAAUCAACUUCAGUAGGGAUCAUCAUUUCAUUAUUGUUACGGUCAAUCCUAAUGAUUCCAUUCA